GAUAUAUAUGUAUAUAGAUUUUAAGUACCUCUCGACAUGUUUGUGUUUGUGUGUACUUGUGUCUUUUGCUUCAUUCUUAUUUGUUGAGACCUGAUUAGAUAUGUUUAUUUUCUUAUUAUAGUAGACACAUGUUUGUGUUUUAUUUUGCUUGCUUGCUUGCUUUUGCCAUGAUCUUAACUUUCUUGCAAUGCAAAAAUCAUCCAUAUUGUGAUAAGUUUGGAAGAAAUAAUAGAGGAAUCUAGAAGUGAAACCAAAAAACAUGUGCCUUUAUGCUAAGAUGUAUUAGGGCACUAAUUUAAUAUUAAAAACAACAACCUUAAAGUUAAUAUGGGAAUUUGGCGUUAUAAUUGAUAUGUGGACUUAACUUGUGAUUUGAGAGAGCUGACACUGGUUUCCAACUUUGUAAUUAAUUGAUUUAAAGUUUUUUUCAUUUUCUAUAGCUUGCAUAGGGACGUCUAUUUAUGUUUCUCAUUUUUUCAUUUGUUACUGUGUUGUUGCAUGAUAUAGUACUUCUUGUCCAUGGUGCUUUUAGGUUUUGGUUGGCUAUAAUAGUCCCUUUUUUCAGUCAUAGUUGCAUAUUUUAGGACUAGAUGAGAACUAUACGUAAAUUCAAUAUCACUAUUCAGACAACCUUUUAUGUUUUGAUUGGUCCAUCUGAGAACCAUUUCUAAUUUUGAGACCACUAUUCUGUAAUGUUGUUUGUUUUAAGCUUAAUGCUAAUUAAAUAGUGUUUAAAUAAUUUUAAUGGACAUUCGUAGCCAUCCUCUGAGGUUUAAGACCCCAUAGAUCACAUUGUGAACUCUUUCAAUCCUUAGUUUCAUUUGGUUGGCUGAGAGUUUCAGCCUGCCUUCCACCGAGUAUAAAAUUUUUUAUAGUUGCUUAACCUGCUGACAUACCAGCGAUGGGAAUUAUUGUUUGUGUCACGUCUUUGAAUUUGAGAGGGGACUUUCCUACUAUCUCUCAAAAUGGGCAUUGAAGUGAUGGAGUGAGAGAAUGAAACAAAAGAUGUGGGUUUCAUUGACCAAACUACCCAGAUUUCCAGAGAAGAUUGGCAGAAACUUACCCGGUAUUCACUAUAUUCGGGAUGUUGCAUAUGCUGAUUCGCUGAUUUCACCACCGGAGAAAGCACAGAAGGUGGUUGUUGUUGGGGGUGGUUACAAUGGCAUGGAGAUUGCUGCUGCAGCUGUUGGUUGGAAACUUGAUACAACGUUAUGUCUGUGUUUCAUCAUCGUUCUGCUAUGUUAAUAUUUGAGAUGGUAAUUUUUUAUUCGUGCCAAAAAGAGAGAUGGUAAUUUUUCAUUGAUCCAAUAUCUGUAACAGACUGACAAAUUUUUGGCAAUUCAUACCCCUGUAAAUUUAUUAGUAAAAUUUUAUUCUUUAAAAUUUGUGAUUUUCAA